AUGGCCUCGUGCAAAUAUGGGGCCGGCACUGCGGGGGACGGCGUGCACAGUCGAGCCGUCCGUUCUGUCUCCUGGAGCCCUGAUGGUUGUCUCCUUGCUGCUGCUUCAUUUGAUGCUACUGCUUCGGUGUGGGCAGUGCAGCAGCAGCAGCAGCAGCAGCAGCAGCAGCAGCAGCAGCAGGAAGAGGGGAGCGGAAGAGACGGAGCAGAAGUUGUCUCGAGAAAAUCAAAACUCCAAAUUCGCCUGCUGCAAACCCUUGUUGGACAUGAACAUGAGGUGAAGGGCGUCGCAUGGAAUUCAUCGGGGUGUCUGCUCGCGACCUGCAGCCGAGACAAAAGUAUUUGGAUUUACAAAAGAAUGGAGGCAGACUCAGACGAAGCAGGUGUACGUACACCUGAACAGCAGCAGCAGCAGCAGCAGCAGCAGCAGCAGCAGCAGCAGCAGGAAGACGAAGAAGAGGAGUUUGUCGUUGCGUCUGUCUUAACAGGCCAUUCCCAAGAUGUGAAGGCGGUGCGCUGGCACCCGAAGAAGGAUUGGCUGGCCUCCGCUUCUUAUGACGACACUGUUGCUAUUUGGGGUUUAGGGGACGAUGAUUGGGUUAUGCUCAAGACGUUGCGAGGACACUCUUCGACUGUAUGGGCGUUGGAUUUCUAUGGAGAUGGCAGCCGCCUCGUCUCUGCUUCAGCAGACCGAACGCUGAGGCUGUGGACCUGCCUGCCCCCCGGCGUCAGCUCGUCUCGCCGUUUGCUGAGUUUGUCUCAGUGGUGUGUGGCUCCGUUCUUAAGGCCUUUGGCGACAGCAGCAGCAGCAGAAGCAGCAGCAGAAGCAGCAGCAACAGCACCAGCAGCAGCAGCAGCAGCAACGCCUGCAGAAGCACCAGCAAAAGCAGCACCAGCAGCAGCACCACCAGCAGCAGCUGCAGCAGCAGCAGCAGCAGCAACAGCAACAGAUGAAGAUGCUGAGGAUACACCGCAGCAGCACGCUGAAGCCUGGAGGUGUAUGGCUUCAGUGCAAGGUCAGCACCAAGGGAUUAUAUACGGGGUGUCUGUACACCCCAGCAAAAACCUGUUGGCGACGGCAUGCGGGGAUGGACACAUUCGUAUUUACUUGCUGACAGACACAGGAGCAACUCUUCUGCACUGCGAGCUGCAGCAUCCUUUGCAGGAGAAGGCGCACAACUCGGACGUCAACUCCGUUGCAUGGAGCCCCGACGAUGGAGAAGUGCUGCAAUUGGCUUCAGUAGGCGACGAUGGAUUCCUUACUGUCUGGUCUCUAGACACCCCAAUUGAAGCCUAA